CCGGCACUGCCAUCUCUAAGCUGCGCAUACAAUAAAAUAAACAAAUGCCAGCGGUGAAAGUGCCCGCUGGAGGGCAUUAAACAACUGAUUGCAUUCCCAGACGGAGAAUUACAAUGCGAGACUGGAUGCCCAUACUCUUCUGCGGGCUCUCCGUGCCCCUCUCGCUCUUCAUGUGGCUGGGAAACGUGGCGUUAUCGAAGUUCUGGAGCGGCGAGUUCGAAGAGUCAAGGGUGAUCUCGCCGGCGCGCUGGCUCUUCUCCAUACUUUCCCCCCUGGCCCUGAUGACCGUGGCGUUGAAGAGAGGCUCCGUAAACCGAUCCGGUGCAGCUCUUGGCAUUUUGGUGGCUUUUAUCCUGUCUGUGGCCAGUCACCCGUUCUUCGCCAGCCUGGUUGUCUUCUUCUUCAGCUCCUCCCGUGCCACCAAGUUCCGGUCGAACAUGAAGCGCCGCUUUGAAAGUGACUUUCGGGAAGGCGAAGGCCAACGUAACUGGGUCCAGGUGCUGUGCAACGGUGGCAUGGCCGCCCAACUGGCACUCCUUUACCUCCUCGACUGUGGCAGUGGUGAGAGGGCGAUCGACUUUGCCCGGGAGUACCGAUCCAGUUGGCUGGGCGUGGGCGUGCUGAGCGCAUUUGCCUGCUGCAACGGAGACACCUGGUCCAGCGAGCUGGGAAGUGUGCUCUCUCGGCGAGAUCCCGUGUCUAUAAUUACCUGGCGGAGAGUGCCACGCGGAACCAACGGGGGCGUCUCGUUGCCCGGGAUCGUGGUCAGCCUGCUGGGCGGAUUACUGGUUGGCUUCGGUUACUUUGUCACUGUGCGCUACACUGUAGAGUCAAAGAUGCUACUGGUGAGCCCGCCCCAAUGGCCCAUUAUCCUGUUUGGCGGCAUUGCCGGGCUCUUUGGAUCGCUCCUCGAUUCGGUUUUGGGCGGCCUGUUACAGUUUUCGGGCAUCAAUGCCGACGGAAAGAUUGUAGAUGCUCCUGGAAAAGGCGUGCGACACGUAAGCGGACUACGCAUUCUGGACAACCACAGCGUUAAUCUAAUAUCCAGCAUAGUCACUGGCGUCACCAUACCCCUUUUAGCCCAGAAAUUCUGGCCUGUGCGCUAAAGCUCGUUGCCUGUUAUGCUCUAGGAUUAGGAGUACAUAUAUAUAUUUUUGUAAAGCUUCCAUAACGCCAAGCGAACUAACAUACUAAAAGACUCGAAACGAACAUAUAUUAUGGCACAGAUUGGCUGGGAAUGCUACAACUCAUAUCGAUACAUAAAAGCCUCAACGACUGUCCAUUUAAUUUAUAGAUUUAGAAUUCCAUUAAAUAACCCACAUGUUGACAUCAUA